AUGAGGAAACGAAUCUUUAGUUGGGAAACUAAAUUUUUGUCAAAAUAUGGUAAAGAAGUGUUGUUAAAGUCAGUUGCUCAAGCUUUACCAAGUUAUGCUAUGAGUGUGUUCCUUUUGACUAAGGAAAUCUGUGCAAGUCUCGAAGGAAUGCUGACAAAGUUUUGGUGGAAGGCCCAAUCCAAGUCUACAAGUAAGGGUGUUAGUUGGUUUAGUUGGAGGCGCCUUUGUCAACAUAAGCAUGUUGGUGGGUUAGGAUUUCGUGAUGUUCGUGAUUAUAAUCUUUCGUUUUUAGGAAAACAAGGACUUGAACUACUAGAUGACAUGUUUGUGGAGAGGGACAAAAACUUGAUUUUGAGCAUUCAGUUAAGUAGUUCAACAAAUAAUGAUUCUUGGUAUUGGAACAUGGAGUAUGCAGACUUAUAUACUGUCAAGAGCGGAUACAAGUAUCUUCAAUCUACUACUGGUAAUUGGUUGCAUUUGCAAGAAGAUAGUUGCUGGAAAAAGUUGUGGAAGCUUGAAGUCCCACCAAAGUAUGAGACAAUUUCCCAUAAGCUUCUUGGUUGUGAAUUCGCACGGUCUUGCUGUUAUUUAUCAGCUGUUGCACUAAAUUCUGGUUUAAACUAG